GAUAAUAUCUAUGAUAAUAUGAAAUCACAAUAUUGUUGUUCUCCUGAACUAUCAUGAAAAAUCGAAAAUGAUGGUUUAUGUGGAUACCCAGCAAAAUAGUUAGCGCCGCAAGACCGACACUACUAAUAAGUUAUAGAUUGAUUUAGCUUGGUGCACAGCAUGAUCAUAUGAAAUCCGUACUCUCUUACCUCUACUGUAAUGGGAGAACAUUACCAACAUUUUUUUGAAAAUCAUAAUAGUAUUGACCAAAUACUCGAACCAAGAUGUCCUGGCUACUAUUGUGGUCGACUAGAUUUAGGUAAUGGACGUACAAGUGAUUGUGGUUCGUGUCCUUCGGGUACAAAAGUGAAUUCAAUUCAUAUUUGUCAACAAUGCACAGAUUCUCCUUCAUCAUAUGAUUUCAUGUACCUCUUAUUCAUGGCGACAGUGCCUUUAUUAUUUCAUGCUGUGUACAUAGAUCUUUCUUUGUCAUCAAUAUUAUGGGCAUUCAAAGGAAAAAAUGGAAAUUCUCAGAAAAAAACUAAAACAAAAGUUGUCCUAAAUGUAUCAGCAAUAUUGGAAAUAUUUAUUGCAGCGGUUUCAGCAGUCCUAAUUGUUGAUCCUAUUGGUCAACUAUGGAUUCGAUCAUGUCGUACACAAUGGCUAUCUGAUUGGUACACCGUUUUGUAUAAUCCAACACCAGAUUACCGUGAAUCAUUACGAUGUACUCAAGAAGCUGUAUAUCCAUUGUAUUCCAUGGUUUUUAUUUUUUAUUUGGCUUGUAUAAUUGUUUUGCUCACGAUACGUCCAUUGUUGUCUGCUUAUUUCAAUCUUAACAGAGGGGCCUAUUUGAAAACUAUUUAUGCCGGAUUAUAUUUUUUCCCUAUAGCAGCUAUAAUUCAUGCGUUCCUAGGAGGUAUUGUUUAUGUCACAUUUCCUUAUAUUGUAAUUGUUGUUUCUGUAAUAUCAAGUGCGAUUCAUUUUGCUACAGAAAUAAAUCAGUCUGCAAAGUAUUUGAUUGUGAACACUGUAUGUGUACCAAGAAACAUACUGAUUGUAGCUGUACAUUGGGUCAGUCAUGGAUUUGGUAUUGUUGCCAUAACUCAGUUGGAAAAUCCACCAGUUGACUAUGCUUUAUUGUUACUCAUUCCUUUACCAACCCUUUUUUAUAUAGCAACUACACGCAUAAGUGAACCAUCAAAAAUUCUUGUAUUAUGAAUGGUGAGUUAAUUGUUGAAAUUAAAAAAAAAAAAAACAAGUGUACAAUUAUUAACUAUAUUUUUAUACUGUAUAUAUAUUGUUAUUUAUGAAAUAAAAAAAAAUCAUUAUUUAUAAUAAAUAA